CUGCCAGUACUGGCACUGCCGCUGCCCGCUUCACACACACGGCACGGUCGGCGGUGAAAUGAUUGAAUGACUCCACCGAGCCAAAUGAACUAUUUUCGCUCGAUGCCGGAGCAUUCCUAGACCUACGAUGACUGAGGCUACAACGUAGUCGUCCUCGUCCCUAUCUGUCAGGAAAUAUUUGCAAGAAGACACGCGCCGAACACACGACACGAGUAAAGGCGCACGAGUUCAGAGCGGACGGAGGAUUUGGCGACAUGGCCGACCCUGACGGCAACCUGCGCUCAAGAGCGACGGGCAAAUCCACAAGGUCGGAAACGGGCAAAGUCCUGUUCGAGAAUCCGGCGGUUGCUGCCGCAGAGGGCGGUGAUGCUGGGCCUGCUGAACCUGGCGUUGUCCUACCUAUAUGGAGUUCUGGCUCUGCAGGCACAGAUAAGCAGACGGCGCAGAGCCCUGAACAGCCGGCCGCCCCCUCUCCAGAUCACACUGAUGGCGUUGAAAGUGUUCGGAUUUUGGAUCGCCUGACCUCGCGCCAAUCACAGAUGUCAAUUCGAGGCGCAAUCACUGGCGAUGUCAACUUCUCCUGGCAUCAUGUUACCGUGGAGAUACCUGAACAACCCAAGAAGAACCUGCCGGCCAAGACUAUUAUUAAUGACAUCAAUGGUGAGGUGAAGGCUGGCUCGCUUCUGGCCAUCAUGGGUGCAAGCGGUGCUGGCAAGACGACUUUCUUGAACCUGCUGACGGAUCGCACUGCCAGCGUCUUGCACGUCAACGCCACUCUGGCCAUCAACAACAACACCGUGCAGGCGGCGGACAUUCGCAAGAUAUCCUCCUACGUCCAGCAGCAGGACUUGUUCUUUGGCAACCUGACUGUCAUUGAGCAUCUCAGGAUCCAGGCAUUGCUGCGGAUGAAUAAGAAGCUGUCGACCGAAGAGCGCUUGGAAAGAGUUCGUGAGGUGUUGGAAGAACUUGGCCUGGCAAAGGUGACUAACUCCUUCAUCGGUAGCGUGUCUGGUGGUGUGCGCGGAAUAUCCGGAGGAGAGCAGAAGAGACUGGCGUUUGCAACAGAGGUGCUGGCGGAUCCUCCACUGCUAUUUGCCGAUGAGCCCACGAGCGGCUUGGAUUCGUUUGCUGCACAGAGCGUGGUGCAGCACCUGCGUGGCAUGGCAGAGUCCGGUCGUACCAUCCUCUGUACUAUUCACCAGCCGCCCAGCGAGGUGUUCAGCAAGUUUGAUCAGCUGCUUUUGCUAGCGGAAGGGCGCACGGCGUACCUCGGACCUCGAGGCGGUGCAGUCUCCUAUUUCUCCAGCAUUGGUUACUCGUGUCCGAGUGGUUUCAACCCUGCCGACUUCUACAUCUACACGCUGGCCGUGGUGCCCACUGAGCGUGAAGCAUCCAAGGAGCGCAUCAAGGCGAUAACUGACAAAUACGUGGACAUUGAGAAGCAGCAGGGUAUCCAUAACCGACCGGCACCAAAGCCGUCAGCGCGUAUUACGAAAGCUGUGCGUGAAUUGGGACAUGAGCAUGGAGAGAGCUGGUGGACUCAGUUCAGAGUGAUAGGGAAGAGGACGUUCCUACUGACACGCCGCAAUCCUAUCCUUAUUCAAGUCAACAUUGGAACAACUAUUAUGACAAGCUUGGUGAUGGGUCUGGUGUUCCUGGGCAUUGGCAGUGAAGGCAACAUUCAGCAACGGGUACAGGGUGUGGCCGGCUCUAUGUUCUUCGUCAUUGCUCUCACUGCCUUCACUGGCGCGGGCAACAUUGUGCAAACCGUGCCCGUGGAACGUCCCAUAUUUUUACGCGAGUACGAGAACCGUAUGUACUCGCCGUACGUCUACUUUCUGUGUAAGUACGUGUCAACGCUACCGCUGAACAUCUUGCUGCAGCUCCUGGCCUCGGUCAUAACCUACUUCAUGUUCGGACUGUCCAGCAUCGCCGCUCGCUACUUCAUCUUCUACGCUCUUGUCAACCUGACCGUGAUUAACUCCGAGUCCAUCGGCUACAUCAUAUCGGCUGUGGCCGGAGACAACGUGGCGGUAGCGUUUGCCCUCACACCCAUCGGUAUAGUGCCACUGAUGCUGUUUGCCGGUCUGCUGCUGAAUCUGGACUCGACGCCGCCGUACUUCAUAUGGCUGGAGUUCAUCUCCUUCAUGCGCUGGGGCUUUGAGGCGGCCAUGAUAAACGAGUGGAGAAACGACACCCUCGAGAACUGCACGGGUGCUGUUCAAGUGUGUUUUCCUAAUGGUGCAGCGGUUCUUAGGUCCUACGCUCUGGACACGGAAACAAGCACCAUAGGUGACAACGUGGGUAUUCUCAUCGGCCUUGCUGUUGGCUAUCGCCUAAUUGCCCUUGCCAUCACCAUGAUCACGCUACGUGUUGGAGUGAAACGAUAAGAAGCACUGGACACCUUCCACCUUCACCCCACGGCGCAACAUCACACGGCAUGGCACAUUGUGAGUGCUGCCUAAUGUGCGUCACUGUUUCGAAUCUAGGCAAUGUGUGUGUUCUGCACAGUGGGGCACAUUGCGCCUCGCUGUGAGAUACAUUGUGCACUCCUGCCCCUGCCCGUGUUCUCAAUAUCCCGACGCAGUAGACAUUGCAUAGCUUAGCACAGUGAGACACUGGUCUAGGUAUUGCUUAGCACAGUGAGACAUUGGUCUAGGUAUUGCUUAGCACAGUGAGACAUUGGUCUAGAUAGCAAAGCUACCAAGUACCUCCUCACUGUCAGUUUUUGCAUGUUUCGAACCAUCAGCUUUGCAUGUUUGGCAGGCCACUGUCCAUCGGUCUACUUCUUAGAGGGUUUUGUAGUUAGUCACAAACAGACCACUAGUGUUUGUAGUUGAUAAGUAUCAGAGCCGCACCAUCCGAUACAUCAGUGGAUUUUUCAUUGGAUCUCACCAGUAAUUCCUCACUCUCAGGCUUAUGCAAUUGCGCCUAGACCCACAUGCUCGUAAGGUUUUUGUCGGUAACAAGGAAUAGGCAAACAGGAGACCCGCUAGAACUGCCCACUGACACAUGUGCCCACUCGUAUUCGCUGUUAUUGGAGGGGAGAUGUUCUGCUUAGCAUUGUCACAUCUCUACUGGCCAGCACUGCAGUGAUGUGAUCGUUAGGUCAUGUGCUAUUGCUAUUCUUGUCAAGCUAUGUAAUACUUGCUUGCCGCAGUUGUUUUCAUUUGUCAUCAUCUAAUCGAUGCUAGAUGCAUGCCUUUUCCGUGCUAUGACUUCAUUCAAACCCCUACUACCAAACAACUGCAAUCAGCAAUCCAUUUUAGUACUCUGAUACAUGUCCGUACUAUUCCCAUACCAUUGAUUCUUUCCUCAAUGUUCGACUGGCAUUAGUCCUGAUUCAUUCUCAGUUUUAGGUAUUCAUGAUCUUUUCGUUUUUUAAAUCCUUA